AUGACGCCUCCAGGACGAAUAGUGCAGCUUGCUACUGACAUACUCGAGCACACGACAGGAAUACAAACAUAUCUUGAUGCUCAUGGGAUACCGAGCCCCUCGUUCGAACCGGGUACUCUACCCAAACUCCCCCUGCCCCCUGCACUGGAAGAUACUUUGGGACAGGCCCUGUCAGCCCUGGAUGAGCUCAAUGCCCUCCUGUUGGGUCCGCUGGGGUGGCUAAAGACUCAGAUUGACCAUGCAUAUGACCUAGUCAGCUUGCAUGCCAUGUACCGAUUCGAUGUGCCAAGCAAGAUUCCUUUGGGAGCCGACAUCCCCAUCGGCGAACUGGCCAGGGAAUGCAAUGGAGAUAACAAUCUUGUGGAACGCCUCCUACAACAUGCUGUCAGCAAUUAUCUCUUGAUACAACCUCGCCCGGGGUAUGUGGCGCACUCGUCUACUUCAACCUUGCUGGCCCAAGAACCCGCUUUCAAGGACUGGGUUGGCACUGCAUGCGAGGACAUGUGGCCUGCUGGGACCAAGGUCAUUGACGCUUUGACAAAGUGGCCUGGGGCGCCAGCACUGCCCCAUCAGACAGGCCACAACCUAGUAGAGAAUACUGCCGUGCCAUUCUUCCAAACCCUGGAGGGAGACCCAGAUCGGGCCAGACGGUUCGCAAACACUAUGUGGUUGAUGCAAAAGAUGCCGGGUUUUGAACCCUCGGCGGCUCUGGAUGCAUUUGAUUGGGACGCCCUCGGAGAGAGUACCGUGGUGGAUAUUGGAGGCUCAACCGGUGAUUUUGCUAGGGAACUGACAAAAAAGAAUCCAAAGUUGCAUAUCGUUGUACAGGAUUUGCCUAAUGUCAUCGAAAAGGCGCGUUCAAACUUCACACGGGAUAGCAGCAGCAACAUUACACUCAAGGCUCAUGAUUUCUUCACGCCACAGCCAGUUCAAGGUGCUGACGUUUAUUUCUUCCGGAUGAUUCUUCAUGACUGGCCCGAGGAAUCAUGCACGCAAAUACUACGCCAGCUGAUUCCAUCUUUGAAGCCCGGAGCGCGAGUUCUCGUUAAUGACAUUUGUAUGCCACCAGUGGGAACUCUGCCACGCUAUCAAGAGCGGCAGAUCAGGUGCCAGGAUAUCGCCAUGAUGGCCAUGUUCAACAGCCAGGAGCGAUCUUCUGCCCAGUGGGCUAGAUUGAUCGAAAGAGCUGACCCUCGGUUUCACCUACAGUCCGUAGUGCAAUUACCCUCAUCUCCCUUGGGGCUACUGCAGGUGAUUUGGAUGCCAUGA